ACUAGAGCAUUUGUGAGUGAAGUGGCGUGAUAAGGAAAGAGCAACACAGUGGCCCCCAUUCCAGGACCGACAAAUAAUGAGCAAAGACGGUGCACCACUGGGCUCAGUUAACUCAUCUGAAAGUUCACGGCCAGAAUGUACAGAUGCCCCAGCCGCAUGGAAAUUAAAUAACUGCACGUUACUGGUUGACCAAUCUGUGAGGUUCAGUACAGUAGCGUGUUUGCAAAAAGCCCAAUCAUUCGAUAACCAAACCAGCGAAUUUGUGGUGAGUCUGGAGGAUAAGCAGCUGAUAUUGCAGCAAAUCUUCCCAGUGAUGCGGGAAAUGGGAGGAUAAAAUAAGGCAAUACACUGAAAAGGCUUCUAACCAACUGGUUAUGUCGUCAACCCACCACUUGAGGUUUUUUGGUGUCGGCGUGAGCACCAACAUUGAGGCUCGGAGCUCAUUUAACACUAAGUUAGCGGAAAGCAGCUCGUUCAAUUCAACAAACUUUCCGGCCAUGACCUGGCUCACAAGUUUCGCAGGAACUGGCGAAAAGCCGGGGCUGACCACGAACGGCUGAUGCAAAAUAGGCGUCUGGACCAGUGAAGAAAUACCACUGAGGUUAAGUGGAGUCACGGCGGCGGUAUUGGUGGAAGAUGUAACAGCGGGAAUCAGAGGAGCAAAUGUAGAGACAAAUGCAGGUACAACAAAAUCAGGCCUAUGUUGGGUCAUGGAAGUGGUAACAGGCAAAGUGACAGACGAAAACCAACGCCAAAGGCUGCCAGAACUGAAGCUUGGGCAUCGAGCUGGCCAGAAGACAAAGAGAAACCAGGAACGCCCCAAAGUGCGCCUGCCUUUGGCAAGCUUGUGGCGAAACUAGCUGCAGGCAUCACAGGCAGAUUUGAAGUUUGCAAUUGCUCGGCCGCUAGUGCUUGCUUGACAGCAGUUACAAUGGAGGCCAAAAAGGCAGGAGAAAGCUGAUCCAAAGUCAGAGAUUGGGAUGUUGCUGGUGGCAGUGUUCUCACCAGGCUGCGGCCUUGCGGGAUUCCCGCAAGAAAAACUGAAAUGGCGCAUUAAAACCAAGAAGAUGCGCCCGUUAGGGCGCAGGGGCAAGCUACGAGUCAAGCGGACUUAAGUAGUUUUAAUUUGUCAACCUAACACUAAAGCAUUCUGUUUGUUUGAAUAAAUAAAAAACAUGAUAUCAAAUGAGUCAAAGUCUUUAAUUUUGUUGCCUUUACUUUCAUUGGUCCCACGCACGUCCCACUACAUCGUAAACUCCUCCUCCGAAUCGUAAACACCUCUUCCGCCAUAUUGGAUGAGGUAGGUACUUCAUGUAACAGACAAUUUGGAGUGCGGGCUCAGGUUCUUCGUACCACGUGUUUUUUGUAACUUUGUCCCCCUAAUGUUCUUACAGGGCCCCUAUUUCUCAGAAGAUGGGGCCCUGGGACUCCCCAAGGCAAAAUCCUGGUGAGAACACUGGCUGGUGGUUCAGAUGAGCUUGUAAGAGGCAAACAUGAGUUCAGAGCCAAUAUCUCGAUGACAGCAGCAGAAUUCAUGGCAUGAAAUUCUGCCGCUUGGCUGUUGUGUGUUGACCUGGAUGUCAUUAUCUUAGCAAUAAGCUUUCCCACAAAACAAGAAGCAAUAAAACCGAGCAAGAAUCCGCAAUGAUUUGCAAUUGCUAAACUUUUCAUCCUCAAAGAUCAGCCAAUAACACUGCACGAAUGAACCUUGAAACCCUGCAAAACCUCUGGAGGCUGCCCCAUAGGUCACAUACUGCAGAUGAGGAAGACUGGUGGUGGCAUUUGCUCGAAUUUAUCUUUGCCUAGAUAAUAUUUAGCCACAUUAACACUCUGUGGUUUGGUGAGUGGAUUUCAGGCGCAUGAUUGAACAGAAAUAAUAUUCCGGGCAUAUUUCUGGUUUUCACUGUUUUCCUGGUUGCUCUGUAACAGAAUGCCAUUUUGAGGUACAAAAUGUACGUGUAUGUUAUUGGAAGAUACUGGCUUUGCUUAUAGUAGUCAUAUCUAUCUUACAAGAGUAACAUGAGACAUUUUUCAACACUUGAUAAGUUUUGGGUUGACCGAGUUUCACACUACACCACAUAGCAUUUAUCUUAUCUAAACAACAUACCAGAUGGGCAAUAACAUUGCACAUGGACCAUUUUUGGUCCAGUUUGUUUGAAUUUGUAGUGUUAACAUUAUACUGGGGUCAGAUAAUUUUCAAAAGUGGCUUAGUUUGAAAAAAAAAUAUCCAUAGUUAAACGUCCUUUCAAAUUGACCCCUGGAUUUGUUGUCUGUGCCAGCACAAAGAUUGGUCUGUUGUAGUGUGAUCAUGGCCUAAAUUACAGGUCACAUCCCGUGGCACAGGAGAAAACUCACUGUUUUAAGUAAACUAAGCCAAACAAUUUACCCUUGAUCUGAAACAACAUUUUUGAUAGCAAUCAGGGUCCAAUGUCUUGUCUAUCAGUCUGUAGUGUGGUGGGCUGUGUAAUAUUUUUUUAACCCACUACAAGUCUUGAUUUAUUAUGUUUUUUACAGGAUCUAUCAGCUCAGUUGAGUGACUCAAGUAGGACAUCAAAAGGAAGUGUUGACAUUAAACAGCUGCAGACACAACUUGAUGAGAAAACUAGGGUAAUUCCUUUAAGUGUCUACUGUUUCUACAAUUAUGUUUUAAUGGCAUUGUAACUAAAUGGUCAUGUCUCUAGCCUGACAUGGACCCCUUAUAUCACCCUCUAGUACUCUCUAGAGAUGUGGCAUUUUGCUAAAACAAAAAAAUCAGUCUGACAUUUUCUCAAAGUACAAUAAUCUUUCCUUUACCUUAGCUCUUGAGGGAAGCAAAUUUGCAUGCUUCUCCUAAUCAAGUUACUCAAGUUGUUUGCUGCGGUGGGUGUGGGUGUUUAUUUUCCAGGACUAUCUGUCUAUCAAAUAUGACACUCUUGACCAGGCCACUACUUACCUCCAGCAUAUCACACAGGAUACUUUAAUGUCUUAAUGGGAUUUCACUUUUUGGGAUAUCCUUACGCAUCCACAAAUUUCUAGUUGCCAAGACAAAUCUGGCUAGCAACAAUGGUUAACAGAGGUUUCUAGACCUGCAUUUCCCAUUUGGUUUGCAAAGUUCCACCGCUAAAUUUUACCACUUUGCCAAUUCUUUCACAUUAGCUGUGCAAGACCAUGGUUUUUUUGUAGCCUGGUAUUGUGUGGCUGGACCUGUGGUUACAAUUGCAUUAUCUUGUUGAGUAUGUUCUGUUAUUUCUCUGUCUGAUGUCAACCCUAAGAAGCUGGAACUGACACUUACUGAUUGCAAGAAUCAAUUGUAGGCAAUCUCUUCUGGGCUCCCCAAAUUUAAUCUGCCUGGAUCCCAUCAUCAUGUUGCCUCCUUUCACUUUCAUUCACUGCCUUCUUCACAAUCAAAUUUGAUUGAACUCUGCCUUUCAGUCUUUUCUGGUAGCUUAAACAUAAAGUCUGCCCCACUGUGACAACAUGUCCCUUCUUCUGGCAGCAGUUGGUUAAGAAAUUAUACAGAAAAACUUUUCACCAAUGCUUCCAACACCUGCUUUGGCAUUUAUUUUAUGGUGCAUGGCUUUGUGGAUCUUUUAAAGAUACUGGCAUCCCUAUUGCAAGAUGACUGAAGCACCUUUUAAAAUAGGGAAACUUUUUGCUCUCAUUACAGCUGUUUCCCCCCUGGUGAAAUAAGCAUUUAUUAGGCAAGCAACUUCUUUUUCUCUGCAGCAAUGCAGCUGUCAGCAAGAUGUUGAACUCUGCUAUAUGCAAAAUUAAUGUCCUUAGAUUAUUUUAUUUAAAUGAUUCUUGUUCUCACUCUGCAUAGUUAUACUGAAAUGAGUGCAGCUUACCUUUCCUGGAUUCUUAAUGACAUUUGCUGACUCCUUUUCAUGUUUUCAGAUGGUUUGGGUCAGAACACCCCAGUUUUAUACAUCUCCUGUUCUCUGUGUACCCUCCCAUUUCGUAUUGUAAUCACCUACCAGAAUGCUAGCACCUGUCUUUCAUUAGAGAGACAAUCAUGAUUUCGAUUUCAAGAGGGCUUUUUUAUUUAUUUUCUUUGGUUAGCCAGUAGCGUCUCUUUGAUAUGCUUGUGAACAUUUAGACUCACGAGUAUAUAACCAUUUCCCAAAAUGAAUUAAAGUAAAUGAAUGUUGAACUUCUAACUGGGGAAAUGCAUGGGGUAUGUAUUUUGAAUUGAAAAUGGUCUGGAAUGUUUGUUUCGCAGGAGCAGCAAGAACUUAAGUUUGCAUAUAACAAAGUGAGAAAGCAGCUCCAGGAAAAGGUAAUGGAAAAGCCAUUAAUACUGGUUAUUUUUUCAAAGUACAUAAUCCAUAUUAACUAUACAGAAUGCUCUUUGGGUAGUGGCCAAACAGUUGGGGUCAGGUCAGAGGCAUGUAUUGUUAGAACCCCGAUUGACCAAGCCAAAUUUGUGAGGUAGUACCAUUGUUAAAUCAUUGUACGUAAAUGUUAUUAUUAUUCAUUCAAAAUUUUCCCCCAUUUCUGAUUGGUUAAAACCACACUUAUGAUUCACCAUAACAAGUUACUGUUGACCGAAUUUGGCAAGAAUUUUGUCAAAUUGAACCAAUGACGUCAAAAUGACGUCAAAAGUGCAGCCUGGUUGCAGGUUAUUCAGGGCUUCUGAUAUUUCGCGCAGUCGUGGAGCCGUGAAAUUCAGGUAAAUCCACGAAAUCCCGCGAAAUUCGCAAGAACACAAAAAAUACCGCGAAAUUCGGUAGAAAUCUUAUCAAAUACAUGUCAGUACAGCAUAUUUGAAACUUAUUUCAGCUAUUGGGGCUAUUUACUUGCCGUAAACUUGCAAAUUUAUCUUAGAACUUCGUCACUGAAACGUGCAAACAACAUCCCAAAACUACCAGGCGUAGAUGAUGUUGCGAAAACUGGGCACUAGCCAUGAUGUUAAAAGCUUUGCCAUUGGUUCAUUUCUGGAGCAUAUUGUUGUUGAAAGAGCAAAUGAUGACCUCUGCAAGAAAAAUGUUGAAAACGCUGGUCUGAUCAGUGCAAAACCGAUUGAUUGUUAGCGAAAUUUGCCUUGAAAAUAACCACAAAAUUGACCGUUUUUUACCGAUUGCUUUUUGGUGAAGUUUUUCCCGAAAACUCCUGCGAAAUCGGCCAAUUUUUCUGUGAAUUUGUCCCUAAAAAUCCCCCGAAAUUUGACUUUUUCCUCCGCGACCUGUCAGAAGCCCUGGUUAUUGUGGCCACCUUGGGGACAGAAGAAAGUGGCCAUUGUAGAGAGGUUGAAACAAGAGUGAAUGUAUGGACUGUCUGUCAAAAAAAAUUGCUGUUGUGGAGAGGUGGCCUUCAGUGGAGGUUCGACUGUGGUUUCAGCCAUAGUUGCAGCUAUAACUCCUUAGGUGCGACACCUAGGAGUGUGAGUGUACUUAGAUCAGUGCAAACUAAAGAGAAAGUUGUUCAUGCUUUUCUACAGAGAAUAAAGUAGUUAUUUGUUGUUAUUUGGGGUCACUCAUUCUCAAACCUGACACCCCAAGGCAGACACCUCUUUAGGAUGAACAUCUGGUGUUGGCUUAGCUCCAGUGGAAUUGUGCUUUACUACCUAUAAGCCAAACUCUCUAAGGUAGUCUGAGUUGCACUUCGCAGAGGUUUUCAUCUUGUAGGUCACCUGAACUGAUUUCUUUUUUUCAAGGCUGAGGAGUUAGCUCAUGCCAAAAAGAGGCUGGAUCAACAUGAGAAUGAAGUAAGAAAACUGAGAACAAGAGUGGAAGAGUUGAAAGUUGACUUAACAAAAGCAGAAGAUGAGGUAUGUUUUGCAAAUGUCAGGAUCAGAUGUCCUCUGUGCUAGAAGAGGGAGAAAUGGGCCAGGUCUAGUACCCAAAAACAAUUUAGAAUUCCUUUUUUUGAGAUGCCUUAUAGUCGGAGAAAGAUUAUUUGUAGUUGGGUGAAGCAGAGACUGUUGGAAGGAGUUGAUUUCCUACCUUCUUCCCCUCUGGAAUAUAUGACUCACACUUAAUAGGACCCAAUAUUAAUUUUGAUUUGUAGUUACCUUGGUAACCAUUUAAUACAGAUACACUGAUCCGCUAUGGAAACUAUUCUUAUUUUAAGCCUGUUUCUUCAUCACCGUCAUCUUCAUCACCACUCUCACCAAUUUUUAUACUACAUGUGUUACAUUCUAGCUGGUAAAGCUAUUUUCUACCAGGCAGGCUGAGGCUUACCCACCCAUAUGCUGGUUAAUGUUAGCUUUCCCUUUUCUAAGGCUUGUUUGCUUCGGUUAUAGUUGGAUGCACAAACAAACAAUGUAAGAAAACUUCAACGAAAUUUAGAUGAACAAACUGAACGAGCUGAAGGUUACAGAGUUGAAGUAGAACAUUUAAAUUCAAGGUAAGAAAAACAGCCUGUAAACUUGAGAGAAAAUUAUUCCACCAUACAUUUUUAUUUGUGAUCCAAUCAAAUAAAUAAUAAGAUGACCAGUGAGUGUGAGAAUAUUCAGACCCUUAUAAUUGAGAAGUGGGCAACUGAGCAAAAUUUGUUUGUGCUGGGCAGGCAAUGUUAAGUAAUAUGUACCCAGCACAAGGAGGAACCUUUCACUUAAUUAUUUGUCUAUAUUAUUCUCACUUACUAGAUGAUUGUCUUAAAGGUGUGAUUUAUUAAACUAGGAUGAAGAAAAUUUGGAGUUAGACCACAAGUUAAAUAUUGCCGUCAAAAAUGAGUAAUAAACUUAAGUUUUCGAUAUCAUGAAAGCCUUAAUUCCUCAUUUUUGAAGUAUUUCAGUUCAAUGAGUCUCGCUAUUUCCCUGAAAGUAUCUUCUAGUGAAUGAAAAAGAGUUGUUCUGUUGAUGGGAAGUGUCCAAAUUUCUCUGUGCAGCUUUGUUUGUGAAUGCGAGGAAAGUUGAUGUUAGCAAAUUUCAGGUUAAAAAUUAGGCCAGUUUGAGACUCCAACCUCAAAAACCGAUAUUCCUAUUUUUCUCGCAAAUAAAAGGCUUUUGGUGGAAGCAAUUUACAUCACGUUUCUUAUCCACGUAAAAGAUAUCUGUGGAGAAAAAAAUGAAAGAAAUCAAUUUUUCAACUCUUGCCACUCAUUGCUCAAUAUUGACUGACCAUUGCUCUUACGAUCCUGGUCCAGACUUCAUACUCCUCCUCAUACUAGAUUGAAUAUUACCCGCAACCUCAGGAAAAAAACUGCAAAAACACAACUUUUGAAUAUGUCAUUCAUAACGAUUUAUUAGUGUCUCAAAUGUGCAAACAACAAAAUUUUCACCUAUCUCUCCUUACAGUGCAACAACAAUAUAUUGUGUCCAAAGCAAGAUAUUUAAGUUAUUUUACAGGUUAUUGGGUGAAGUAUAACUGGCUUAGUUGUUUGUUUGUUUGUUUUAUUUUCAGAUUACGAGCAGGAGGAGGUGCAGCACCUUCUUUGAAUACCAGGUAUAAACCUGGACGAAAAACACCGAUGCACUUGUCCUCGGACAGUGAAGAGGACUUAUCAUUUACGUGA